GCGUUCCUGCACACGAUGCCGUCACCGCGCCGUCGCCGCGCCGACGCCGCGCAAUUACACUGUAGAUACGAGUCGCGCGAAGCCCGCCACCGCGUCGCCGCCGCGCCGCCACCGCGCGCGUUCCCCUAACUCCUUGUUUGUUUGAUUCAUUCCAUUACCGGCCGCGUACGAACGUGCACGCCGCGAGAUCGCACGUGACGCAAACAUGUCUUAUAUAAUGAAAAAAAAGAAAUUUGUGCUUGCCUACUAUAUGUAUAGAAAAUGGCAAAAAGAACGUCGAGUUAGAAAGUUGUGGGUUCAUCCUAUGCUGUCGGCACGGGAGCAAUUUGGUGAAUUUCAUACACUUUACGAAGAUCUCCGAAAAGACGAGGCCAAAUUUUGUGAUUAUUUUCGAAUGAAUUACAAGACAUUUGAUAAAUUAUUAGAUUUAUUUAAGAAUAAACUGCAACACACAAAUACAAAUAUGCGAGCAAGUAUAUCUGCUAAGGAGAGAUUGGUUGUUACAUUGAGGUAAAUAAAAUAAAUAUAAUAUAUAUUUAAUUAUUCUGAUGUAAUGUAGAAAAAUCAAAAUCAAUCAAGCUUGAAGUAGAUGGACUUGGAAUGCUUUGUAAUGAAUCGUUUUCAAUGCUAUAAUUCGAAGCCUGUGAUUGAACUCUCGUACUGGGUCCAGCAUUAGUAUUGUAACCGUAGUGUGCCGGGGUGUCCAUUGCGCCUGCUGUGCGUGAAUGAUGUGGAGCGCUAUAACUAUUUUUAUAUUGGAUAUUUCUUAUAAUAUUCAAUACUUGGUACUGGAAUUCAACAAUAUCUUCGUCUUUGAAGCGUUCCACGGUAGGAGCUAUACCUUUAAAAAAAGACAUCAUUCUACUAUCGUCAUCUUUUUCUAACGUUUCCAUAAACUUAAUCAUUUUCUUAUCUACAGGAUUUAAUUCUUCGUUUUUCUUUCUUUUGUUGACAUUAGUAACUUCAGAUUUGUUUUCUUCCGGCAUGUUUGAUCCAGAUUGGGUUGGCUGUGGGGUAAUUUUUUUCAAAAAUUGUAAAUUAUCAUAAUAUUGAUAUUUAUGUACUGGUUUUGCACCUGAUCCAGAUUUCGAUUCACGUAUCUUUUUGUCGCAUUUCAUCCACGCAUCCCUUAUAUUCUUCCAUUUCUGAGAUAUUAGUUUACCUGAAAUAAUUAAUAUUAAUAAUCCAUUUUAUUAUUGUAAUGUUUUUUUCGAUUGCAGGUAUUUAGCAACCGGAACUUCAUUAGCCGAUCUUGAAUAUCGUUUUAGAAUGGGAAAAUCAACUUUAAGCGUAAUCAUACGAGAAGUGUGUUCUCUAAUAUGGUCUGAACUUUACCCAAAAUAUAUGAAAAUGCCAUGUAUAAACGAUUGGCUAGAAAUAGCAAAUAAAUUUGAAGUGUCUGCUAAUUUCCCUCAUUGUGUCGGUGCUGUAGAUGGAAAGCACAUCAGAGUAAUAAAACCAAAUAAAAGUGGAUCGAUGUUUUUGAACUACAAACAUUACUUCUCGAUUCUAUUAAUGGCAGUCGCCGAUAGUGACUACAACUUUAUUUAUAUCAGUGUCGGUGCUUAUGGAAAGGAUUGUGAUUCAGGUGUUUUUAAAGACACAGCUUUCUGGCACAACAUGAUUAACAAUACUUUGAACUUGCCAGGACCUACUUCCUUACCUAAUACCAACAUUGCCUUGCCAUAUGUAUUCGUAGGUGAUGAAGCAUUUGCAUUACAUCAGAAUUUACUGCGCCCAUAUAAUAGUCAAAUGCUUGAUGCAGAAAAAUCCGUUUUUAAUUAUCGGUUAACAAGAGCGAGACGAUAUGUAGAAUGCACCUUUGGGAUACUGGCCAAUAAGUGGCGAAUUUUUCAUCGACCUUUAAAUGUGUCAUUGGAUUUGGCUGUUGAUGUUGUGAAAGCUUGUUGUUUACUGCAAAAUUUUAUACACAAAGAGGAGGGCGUAAAAGGGGUCCAAGAAUCUCUAAGCGGGUGUGAAUUAGAGGAGUUUUUGCCAUUUGAUUCAACAGAAAUGGUUCCUACAACAGCUAAUGAAAUACGUGACAAAUAUAAGGAGUAUUUUAAUUCUGAAUAUGGCAGUGUACCAUGGCAAAAUAAUUAUUGUUAAUAUGUAUGCGAAACAUGUUUCUAUCUAGCGGGAAUACUCAAGCUACUACUAGUAGUGAUGGGACUCGAGUGACUUUUUUUCACUCAAGUCACUCGCCAGUGAAAACCGAUUUACUCGAGUGUCACUCGAGUAAAGAUGAGACUCGAGUAUUUUUUUUUUCGAGUGAAUCAUUCGAGUCACACGUAAUCCGAGUCAUCAAAAAUAUGACUCGAGUGGGAGUAAAAACAAAACUACUCGAGUAACUCGAGUGAAACACGGCUCGAGUCCCAUCACUAACUACUAGUAGCAAGUGAUUGCUUGUUUAAUGUAGGUACCUACCACACGAAAUUGCUUACGAGAUAUACUAUCCACACACUAUAUAAUACACUGUUGCAUUACGAUUUAAAUAAAAAACAUACUGAUCGUGUCUUGUCCCAAACUUCCUUUAAGUCAGCUACUUAUAUAUUUUUUCGUUUGGCCUCACUAGAUAGAAAUACAUUAACAAGAAUAAAUAAAAUUUUGUAAAAAGAUA